AUGAUUUGUUAAUCAGGAAAUUGUUUGUUAUUUUGAUUAAUUGCUGAAUAGAGCAACUGAAGCAAACCCUCACGCUUAAUAUAACUCAUCUUCUGAUAAAUUAGGUGCCGCUCGCAUGCAACUUGAUCUCUACUACUAGCAAAUGUUGAAAUGGAAUUCAUUAGUAAUGUUUUACCUACAAAAUGAAUAGGUAUUUUCCAUUAGUUUUUCUAAAUCCGCAACAGAGUCUUUGACACUUGUUACUCUUGAAACACUUGCAAUUUAGAUGAGAUGUUUCAUCUUGAAUCUGAAAGGAAAAGCAUAUUAUGUAUCAUUAAAUGAAAUCAUAAGAGGUUUAAGAAGUUUAAAAUCCAUGAGGUGUCGCGUGCUAAAUUAUAGAGAUUUGAUGUAAUAUAAAAAUAACGAAGUUAAAGUAUAAUUUUUAUAUCGAUAUUAUAGUAUGACGAAAAAAAUAUAUAGAUAAAUAAUAAAUAUCUAAAAUAAUCAACAUUUGACUAAACUCAAAAUUAGAGUGAAACUAAUAAGAUCUAAAAUAUGGUGAAUCAAGAUAUAAGUAAUUGAUCAAAAAUUUUAGUUAAUAGAUCAGAUGCAGAUUGAAUCAAUUGGUUUUUAUGGAGGAAUUAGAGUAAGAAAUUUCAUUGAUUUGAAAGUGUUAUCAAUUCAUUUUGGAAGAAACUAAAAGAUAAUUCUGAGGCUUAAAGACAUCGCAUCUUAUAUUGCAUAACACUAAAAAAAAGAAGUAAUGAAAGUUAGAUACUAUUCUCUCAGAUAAUGUGAAGAACGAUUAAAAUCGUUUGCUAAAUAAUUAGCAAAUUGCAAAAACUGAUAAGUUUAGACCACUUAAUUCAGUUGCUUAAUUUAUUA